AUGGCGAGUGCAGCCGCGAAUUUGAAACACGGGUUGUUGGGCGAAUUUCUAGCAGGCGUAGAAAGCAUCGACGAAUACAAGGAAACUAAACACUGUGAGUUCGGAGACAAGUUGUCAGUUGCGUUGAGGGACCAAUUCGUGUGUGGAUUACGAGUAGAAGCCCUACAGCAGAAAAUUCUGGCGGAAACUGACUUAACACUUGAUGGAGCAGUACGAGUCGCGCAAGCCUUUGAAUCUGCAAGACAAGAAACGAUAGCUUUGCGAGGAGACACGCGCAGACACGGAUCAAAAACAGACCACGAGACGGCAUUUAGCAUGCAAAAUGCAAUGGGCAAGGGGCACGUUCCUGAUAAGUGUCAGAAGAAAUCCAGAGAGUGCUAUCUACGUCACAAGAAGGGACAUAUUGCAAAUGUCUGCCGAAGUAAGAAUCAAGGCGAUUUCAAGAACGGAAGCGGAGCAACGGGUACCAAGAAUACAAAGUACCAGAAGCAAGCCACGUUACAAGUGGAAGAAGAGGAAGUAUGUUCACUUUAUGGUCUGGGAAGUCAGGAUGCAAUCAAAGUCAAUAUGACUGUAGCUGGACGAGAAUUAGAGCUGAUUGUUGACACGGGUGCAACUAUUACUGUGAUUCCCAGGGAGACUUAUGAGAAACAACUAUCCCAUGUCAAACUCCAGAGCAGCAACGUGAAAUUACAGUCAUAUUGUGGACAGACAUUGUCUGUACGCGGAGAAGCUGUAGUACCAGUACGCUAUGGAGAUCAAGAAAUAAGAGGUAGAGUAGUUGUCAUCAAUGCUGCAAAUAAGCCAGCAGUGCUUGGCAGGAAUUGGUUGUCACAACUCAAGUUGGACUGGGCAUCUUUAUUUAGCUUGAAUAUCCUGGAUCCCGUACAUGACUUUCCUGAGUUAUUCAAGGAAGGAAUGGGAAAGCUGCAAGGAGUGCUAGCGAAAAUUACUUUGAGUGCCAAUGCAAGACCAGUCUUUCAUAAGGCAAGACCAGUACCAUUUGCGUUACAAGCUAAAGUGGAUACUGAAAUCGAUCGCUUAGUCAGAGAAGGAGUACCGACACCUGUAGAACAGAGCGAGUGGGCUUCACCUAUAGUAGUGGUGAGGAAAUCUGACGGCAGUAUCAGAUUAUGUGUUGACUACAAAGUAACCAUCAAUGAAUAUUUGGAAAAUAUUGAGUAUCCCACACCAAAUGCUCAAGAUUUAUUUGCUACUUUAGAGGGUGGUCGACGAUUUACCAGGCUUGAUCUAAAGCAAGCUUACCAACAAAUGGAAGAGUUUGUUGUUUUUUAUGACAUACUGAUUGUCGGUUCAACUGAUGCUGAGCACGAUGCCAGAGUGAGGCAAGUAUUACAACGCCUAGAGCAACGAGGAGUCCGACUAAAGAAGGACAAAUGUGACGUUGGUCACUCUGAGGUGACAUACUUAGGUCACAGAGUAGAUCACGAAGGUCUGAAACCUACAGAAGACAAGGUCAAGGCUAUCAGGGAAGCACCUGAGCCAAGAAAUGUGACUGAGUUGAAGGCAUUUCUGGGGCUGUUGAACUAUUACAGCCAUUUCUUACCAAAUCUGUCGAAUACUCUACAAGCAUUGUAUGAGUUACUUCAAAAAGGAAAACAGUGGAGAUGGACAAGGAAACACAGGGCCGCAUUUAAUGCAGCAAAGAACAAUCAAGCUCAAUGUGACGCAUCCCCAUAUGGAAUAGGAGCCUGUUUGAGUCACGAGUUUGAGGAUGGAUUGGAGAGACUGGUAGCAUUUGCUUCACAGACACUGUCAUCAGCAGAAAAGGACUACGCCCAAAUAGAGCGUGAAGCACUGUCAACUUCUAUUGCCGACAGAGCAAGAGCACUAGACCUCUCGGGCAGUUGCAAGAUCAAUUACAUCAGACUAUCCUGCACUCAUCCUACAUGCGGAUCUAAUGGACGUCUACAAGGUUACCGAAGCUCAACUCAAUGCAAUGGCGUCGCAAACUGCAUCAGAGACAACGCAACGCGAAAGCGUUUCUCUAAUGCCAAUCUAUGUCACUCUUUGGAAGCUUUAAAAAACUCGAGCACCUGCUCUGGAAAAAAUGAAUCGUGCACGUCGGGAUCUCCUAGUACUAAAAUGUCAUACUCAUCGGUUCCACCUAAACACAUUCAAUCACCCACGGCAGGGACUGCAACAGAAGAUCAAUCACCAACGUCUGAACGUUCCGAAAGCCUGGAUCAUCCAGGUCGGGAGCUUCUAGUACUAGAAUGUCAUACUCAUCGAUUCCUCCUAAACACACUCAAUCACCCACGACAGGGUAUGCAAAAGAAGAUCAAUCACUAACCCCUGAAGGUUCCGAAAAGCCUGGAUCAUCCAGGUCGGGAGCUUCUAUCACUACCUACUACGUUGGAAUCUGUAUAGCAUGGUCUGUGUUGGUACUUGUUGAGAACUGGUCGCCGUCGUACUGAGUAAGACAGACAGACUCAACGGUAAGCUACUCUCAGAUACAUUCAUAAACGCGAUUUACAUUUUUAUAACAGACCAUCUGCGCCGUGUAUAGUGUGACUACGGCUGAUUGCUUGCUUUUUACUCCAGCUUGUUGAUCUUAAUGUAAAUAAAAAUUAUAAGCCGUCUUCGUGGCAAA